AUGGGCAAGCGCAAAAGUAGCACUCUGGCACACGUGCCAGCCAACUCCUCCUCAGCUAAAACCGAACACGACCGCAUCCAGCUUGAACAAUCCAAACAGCACAUCAACCACCUUUCAGGCGGCAAGAUCAUCAUCCCGCAAAAGCGAUGGUAUCGUCAACGUGCACACGCCAACCCGUUCUCCGAUCAUUCGCUGGAAUACCCGAGCCAGCCGAGCAAGAUGAACUGGGGAACGAUCUACCCGACAUUCUUUGAUGCGAAGACGGGCGAGAAGCGCGCAGGGUAUGAGGAGGGCAGGGGGGUAGAGUUUGCUGAUGUCGGGUGUGGGUUUGGCGGGUUGCUGAUGCAGUUGGCGCCGCUGUUUCCGGAGACAUUAAUGUUGGGAUUGGAGAUCAGGGUGCAUGUGACGCAGUAUGUGCAUGACAAGAUUGUUGCGUUGAGGUUGGCCGCGCAGCAAGGGAGAUUGGAGCAGGCCAAGGCUGCCGCCGAGUCGAACGGUGUUGAUGCAAGCGCCUCUGCGCCAGCAGCAGAAGGCGAAGAUACAUCCUCUGCGCCAUCAGCUGUCGACGCAACAGCAUCCACUGCAUCUCCCUCCGCACCAGCAGCAGCCAACGACACCGAAGAGGACAUCGACGAAGUGACAGCCAACGCGCAACUCGUUUCGUCGGCACACCUCACCCCUGGCUCGUACCACAACCUCGGCGUCCUUCGUGCAAACGGCAUGAAGUUUCUCCCCAACUUCUUCACCAAGCACCAACUUUCCAAGCUCUUCUUCCUGUUCCCGGACCCACACUUCAAGUCGCGCAAACACAAGGCGCGCAUCAUCUCGCCCACGCUGCUCGCCGAGUACGCCUACGUCCUGCGCCCCGGCGGCAUCGUCUACAUCAUCACCGACGUCAAAGAUCUGUACGACUGGAUGGACCGUCACCUUGGCCAGCACCCGCUCUUCAAGAGGCUCCACAAGGACGAGGGCAGACUCAAGGGCGAUCCGUGCGUCGAGGCCGUCUACACGGCGACGGAGGAGGGCAAGAAGGUCGAGCGCAAUCGAGGCGACAAGUGGUUCAGCGCUUUCGAGCGCUUGCCGGACCCGGAGCUCGAAGACUGA